CGUCGAACGCAGGACGAAGUGCAGUGCGUAAUUGCUGGUGAAAAUCCGGGGAAUGCUUUCUCCUACGAUAUUUACAAGUGCUAUAUAAAGGAACCCUUCUAGAUGAUUAACAAUCGGAGGUGGGCAAUAUGGAUAAAUCACAUAUCGAAGCUCUUGCAAUAAAUAUCGUUAGUAAAGCUAACGCUCUCCCCUCCCCCAAUGAGAACACUAAUAUUCCAAAAGUAGAUCCAUGCCCAAUAUGCGGGGAAGAUAUUUAUACGCUUGAAGGAGGCAUAAUCAAAGAAUUUCCCUCUAGAUGGAUAUAAAUAUGAACAAGAAAAAACGGAAGGUUGAUGAGGCGUUCGAUCCCGAUUACGAAUACGUCUAUGGUAUAGUCAGUACUGGCACCGACUGGUACUUCAUUCUUCAUAGCAC